GGAGGCGAGUCCCGGGCUCCCGUGUCCUUCGGAGGCUCCCGGAGACUCCUGGCCUCUGAACAGCUGCAAAAGCAGCAGGACUUGGUGUGCCGGCUGUCUGUUCUUCCCUUUCCUUUUUGCUCCUCCUGGGCUGGCCCCCAGGAUCCAGAGAUCGGGAGGAGGAAUCCGAGCCGCGGCGCGAGGAUGGGGAACAGUGCUCUCCGCGCUCAUGUAGAAACGGCGCAGAAAACUGGUGUGUUUCAGCUUAAGGACCGCGGGCUGACCGAGUUCCCCUCAGAGUUGCAGAAGCUGACCAGCAACCUUAGGACCAUCGACUUGUCCAACAACAAGAUCGAGAGCCUACCGCCCCUGCAGAUAGGGAAGUUCACUCUGCUGAAGAGCCUCUCCCUGAACAACAACAAACUGACUGUUUUACCUGCUGAGUUAUGCAAUCUGAAAAAACUGGAGACGCUAAGCCUAAACAACAAUCACCUGAGAGAGCUACCGUCUACCUUUGGGCAACUCUCUGCCCUCAAGACCCUGAGCCUUUCUGGGAACCAACUGGGAGCACUACCACCCCAACUUUGUAGCCUGCGGCACCUGGAUGUGGUAGAUCUUUCUAAAAACCAGAUUCGGAGUAUACCUGACACAGUGGGGGAGCUGCAGGCCAUCGAACUCAACCUCAACCAGAACCAGAUAUCUCAGAUCUCAGUAAAGAUAUCUUGCUGUCCUCGCCUUAAAGUUCUUCGCCUGGAAGAGAACUGUCUUGAGCUCAGCAUGCUUCCACAGAGCAUCCUCAGUGAUUCCCAGAUCUGUCUGCUUGCCGUGGAAGGCAAUCUUUUUGAAAUAAAGAAGCUGCGAGAACUGGAAGGCUAUGAUAAGUACAUGGAGAGGUUCACAGCCACCAAGAAGAAGUUUGCAUGAUCUCCAGGACCACGGGACCUUACAGGACACUGACUUGGAACCUCUGUUGGAAUCUGGCUGACUCAAAGGCCCCUGUUGUCAAGGAUACUGCAGUGAGUCGAGGACACUCUAGAAGAUUACAUUUUGCUCAGUGACCUUUUUCCUUUUCAGGGCAAUCUCUAUAAGCUCAAAGAAAAGGAAUCAGGAGAUGGGACGAGUCCUCCACUUUUGAGUCAUGGAUAGGGCAAUGGAUAAUGAGGAUCUUCAAAACCAUCAUUAGUUUGGCUUUAAGGAACCAGUAGCUAGUUGCUGUUUAUAUGGUGAGGGGGUGCUGCCUGGUAACAGAAUAGCUCCAUACCACAGCUUGAGAUUAUGUUUAGUUUUAAUGUGUGAGCUUUCAUAAAGUCAGUUGCCAUUCCACCUGUGUUAACACUUCAUCUUUUUAUAAAAUUUAUGUAAUUUGUGAGAAAUUGUUAUGGUUAAUCUAAGGAGUAAUGAUUUUACUCCAAUCCAUCAGCUCAGUUGCAGUGUUUAUACUUAGAAUUUAGGAGAUACAUAAAUAUGUGACUUUUUUUUUUUUUUUUUGUGGUACUGGGGCUCUAAUGUGGAACCUCACACCUGCUAGGCCAGCACUGUGACAGUCUGUUUGAUUAAAGUGUGUUUUGUCAGAGAAACACCAACAAAACACUAAGAGAUGUUCCCCAAGGCUGCCGUAGCAAAUUCUUACUGUUGCAGGUGCCUUACUGGUAGAGGGCUCUGAAGAGCUAAAACUGUAUAUGCAACACUUGUCAAAUUUAAAAUGAAUUUUAAACAUCAAGAUUUUCCUGAAGCUUUGUUUAAAAAUAUGUCUUUUAUUUCUGAUAAUCUUUCCCUUUUGUAUUUAUAACUCUACUAAUCACUUUCAAGAAAC